AUGCGGUCGAGGCCUUUGCCUCUCGCGCUCAUCUCCCUCUUGCGGUGCAGGCUCGUGGAUUCGUGGGGCUAUUGCAACGACAAGGACGUAAGCUGUGCAAAGUGGGCCAACAACGGCGAGUGCAAGGGCGAGAAUGCCGGGUUGGUCAAGAAGCUCUGCCCUCUCUCGUGCAAGACCUGUAGCCUCCUCUGCCGCGAUGAAGAGGAGGAGUGCGAGGGCUGGGCCAAGGGAGGGCAGUGCGAGAUCAAUCGGGACUUUAUGAGCAAGACCUGUCCCACGAGCUGCGGGACAUGUAAGCCCGUCUGCUACGACAAGGACGAGAUGUGCGGGCAGUGGGCGAGAUCAGGCGAGUGCAAGAAGAAUCCAAACAUGAUCCUGCCCACCUGCCCGGUGUCGUGCGGCGUAUGCACCUCAAUGUGUUUCGACAAGAUCACAGAGUGCCCACAGUGGGCUGCUCACGGCGACUGCAACUCGAACCCGGGCUUCAUGCUCAAGAGUUGCCCGGUUAGCUGCAGCGUGUGCGACGAGAAGGAGCACGGCUCGAAGAAGUGUGCCGACCGCGACCGCCAUCAGUGCCUCGCGCUGGGGGAGCAGGAGUGCGUGCGCAACCCAAGCACCGUCAUGCGCUUGUGUCCCGACCUGUGCGGCCUUUGCACGCUCGCGUGCGAGGACCGCCAAACGGACUGCCAUGGUUGGGCAGCGGCCAAAGAGGGCCUGGGCUGCAAGUUGGACAAGGAUUACAUGCUCGACAACUGCCCGCAUUCGUGCAACAUCUGUCCAAGGAUCCCGGAGUACGCGCCCAGAAUAAAAAAGGCGGAGCUUUGA